AUGUUCCUUCGCAAGUCGCGUUCGAUUGAGCAGCUGAGUGCUAAGGCACAGCGGCCAGAUGCGAAUGACCAGGCCGCGGCACCGAAAAGCCCACGCCGGCUAAAAAGCAAGCGCUCCCUGCGCCUCUUCCGGUCCCCACAGCCCGACGUGGAGCCGAUGCCAAGCCACGACACCUCGUCACCCCGCAUUGGCGAUGGCGACAACUCGCGCGCGCGCCUCUUUGCGCAGGGGCAGGCGAAUGCGGGACUAGGUAUUGUGCAGUCCGGCGGCGGCGCUUUUCCGUCGUCGGCGUCGUCGAACCUCGGCGACACCCAGUUCUUUUCCGAGUCGCGCGCCCCGGGUCUGGGCAUGCGUCUGCCGCCGCAGCAUAGGAACACGAGUGGCGAGGCACCGCAAACGCCGGUGCAGACCUCGUUCGAUGCACAUGCACAGUCGCAGUCGCCCUCGGUCGACAUUGCAUCGCUGCAGCUCAACCAGACCUCGCCGGGCAUCCACUCCCGCAUGCAGGCCUCGCCGCAGCACCAGCCGGGGCCCAGGUCGCCGAUGCAGGCCGAGGUUGCGCAGAACCGGUACGGAGGGGGGCAGGCUGCGCCGCAGUACAGGCAGUAUGUGCCGCCCCAGCCUACCUCGCCCCAGCAGAACCAGUUGACGCAGACGCAGUACAGCCAGGCGCCGGCAUCCCAGCAGGCACAGUACACGCAGGGAGCGUCGCCUCAGCAAGCGCAGUACACGCAGUCUCCGCACCAGGGACAGUACACACAGCCUCUGUCGCCUCAGCAGGCCCAAAUGCAAUAUGCGGCACGCCAGGCCCAGUACACUCAGCAGGCGCAAGACAGGCUCGCGCAGUCGCAGGUGUCGCAGGCCCAGCAGCUGCAGGCUCAGCAGGCUCAGCAGGCUCAACUGAUGCAGGCUCAGCAGGUCCAGCAGAGCUAUGCACAGAGCCCUCAGGCCUAUGCACAGAGCCCUCAGGCUUAUGCACAGAGCCCUCAGGCCUAUGCACAGAGUCCCCAGGCCUAUGCACAGAGUCCCCAGGCCUAUGCACAGAGUCCUCAGGCCCAGGCUGAUGUCAAGGCUCCCCAGUCUCAGACCUACGCCCAGGUUCCCCCGUCCCAGGCCUAUGCCCAGAGCCCCCCGUCCCAGGCUUAUGCCCAGAGCCCCCCGUCCCAGGCCUAUGCGCAAGCGCCCUCUCAAUACACGCAGGCGUCCCAGACAUAUCCCCAGACCUAUGCGUCUGCGCAAGCCCCCCAAACCUCUCUCGAUCGCUCUCCUUCGGUGCAGCCCUCUAAUACGACGCAGCCGACGCAGGCUCCCAAGACCCAGCCGACGCUCGUUCAGCAGCUCCAGCCUAUGCAGCCCCCGACGCAGCUGGUGCAGUCGCUCCAGGCGCAGUCCCUGGACCGCCCCUCGGCCAAGGACCCCCACUCGUCCGAGGCCGAGCGCAUGGCGAUCCAGGAGAAUGCGCGUGCGCAGCAGGCCCUCCAAGAGUACGCGCGCAUGCAGCAGGCCGCGAUCGACCAGGAGCGUGCGCGCGACGAGCCCGAACCCCCCCGUGCCUCGACGCCGAUCGCCGCCAAGGGCGAUGUGUCGGACGCGGCGGAUGUAUCGCAGCCGAGCAUUGUGCCCGCAUCAGAGGACGAGAUGCUGAACGACGCGCGCCGUGGCUACCCCUAUGGCAUGGACACGUCGCUGCGUCCCAGCUUUGCGUCCGAGGCCAACUGGCCGCGCACGGUCGACAUUGACGAAAAGGCGCUGCUGGAGAGCGAGCGGCGCGCUCAUGCCGGAGUCGCGAUGCCGCCGCUGCACGUUACGAGCCUGAACAGCCUUGGCCCCGAGGUCGGUGCGCCGCCGGUGCCGGCGCGCGACUUGGUCACGCCGACCGACGAGCGUGUCCGGGCCGCAGACGUGUCCGGCGGGGGGGCGGGCGCAUCGGCCAGUGCGCUCGGCGCGCCUGCCAACGUGUCGGGCGACGCGCUCGGCGCCACCGAGCCGCCCGUGUCGGCGACGCUGAGUGUCGCACGUUCCGAAGGGAUGCUUGGCCCCCACAUCCUCCUGUACGACGACCCCUGCACCGCGUCCGCCUCGCCCGAGACGGCGGUCGCGUGGACGUACGAUGACUGGUUCCUCGAGGCCGGCACGCCCGCGACGCCCGGCAGCGACGACAAUGUGACGGCCGUCGUGGGCAGCAGCAACACGACGCAGGUCGCGCCGGACGUGUGCACGCACGCGCUCCCCCUUGCCGUCUUUAAUUCGGCGCUGCGCCCUGUGGAAGGCGAGGAGUGCGUGUACGACAUGGCGUCCAAGACGGCGCGCGACGCCCACGAGCUCGUUCCCCUGCACGCCGCCGACGCCGCGACCGCCGUGAUGCCGAUCACGGUGCGUGCGCGCAACCACGAUCUCUUCCCUGCGAACCGGCACGUGGUGCUGGCCGCGACGCCGCGCCGGCUGGUCGCCGAGAUGACGACCGGCUCCUCGCCGGGCCUGAUGGAGGAUGUGCUGCUGGCGUACCGCACCUACUUUAAUGCGAUCCGCCUGCAGGACCUGCUCUUUUCGCGCUUCGAGUGGGCGGUGCGCAAGCUGGAGCGCGCACCGGUGCGUGCGACGGCCGUGCGUGUGCUCAGGAGCACCGAGCAUGCGCUCGGGCACUGGGUCAAGCAGUACUACGACGAGGACUUCGCCGACGACGAGCUGCUUGUCAGCCGCCUCGUGCAGUUUGUCAACUCGCAGGCGCAGCGCUCCGCGCACUGGCCCGUGAGCGGCACGGACGCCGAGGUGCGCGAAGGCGCGGUGGCGCUCUGGCUCCUGGUGCAGGACCGUGUGCCCCAAGAAGCGCUCAACGAGCUCGACAUGCACACGCCCGAUGUGCCUGCGCUGCGCUCGUCGCGCUCGUCGCCGAGCCUGCGCAAGGUGCGCUCGAUUACCAAGCUCUUUGGCCGCGAGAAGCGCGCGGAGGACUCGCCGACCAACUCGCCCGCGCUGCGCUCGCGCAAGGAGGGCUCGGGGCGCGGCGCGCACACGCGCGGCCCGUCGAACGUGUCGAUCGCCUCGGCGAGCACUGCGACGGGCCACCAGCGCACGCUGUCUGGCAGCGGCAGUCCCCACGGCCACGCGCGCCGCCCCUCGACGCAGAGCCAGUGGGAGAGCCCCCGCGGCAAGGCCGAGUCGGUGUUCCGCAUGGGCCGCCGCUCGAACCUCGGCCUAAGGCGCAAGCUGCGCCUCGGCGAGAGUACCGAGGAGCUGGUCGCGCCGCGCGACGCCGAGGCCGAGAGCCUCGAGCGCUUCUCCUUCCGCAAGUACGAGCCCCCCGCGGAGCCCGACAUGCCGAGCGACGCGCUGAGCGACACCGCGUCGGUCGACCCCGACGCCGCGCUGCAGCGCCUCGAGGACAUGCUCGAAGGACGCCCGGCCGGCAGCGAGGUGCAGCGCCCAAGGGACGGCCCGAUCCAGUGGAUCCCCGCGCAUGCAAACGCCUCGUGGAAGGACGCCCAACGCUACUCGAUGCUCGCCGCGGACCGCGGUCCUCGCGCUGCGCCGGCCGCUGCGCCGACGGGCUGGUCCGAGCAAGGCACGCUCCUCCUCUCGCAGCGUUCCAGCACGAUCGCACGGCAGCUCACGACCAUCGAAAAGCAGCUCUUUAAUCUCGUCCACUGGUCGGAGCUGACCGAUUUGAGCUGGGACCACCACACCGUGCAGCAGGAGCAGUGGCAGCGCGAGUACCAAGAGUACGUGACGUGGCGCAUCACCGCUGUGGGCAGCUCGCAUGAGCAGCUCGUCCCGCCGGUCGACAAGCGUGGCGCAACGCACAUCCUCAUUGCGCGCUUCAACCGCGCCUGUGCGUGGGUUGCGAGCCACGUCGUGAUGACCAAGGAGCCGACGGAACGUGUCGCGAUGCUCUCCAAGUGGAUCCGCAUCGCAUGGGACUGCUACCUGCUGGGCAACUACGCAACGCUGUGCCAGAUCCUCUUUGGCCUGCAGUCGCCGUGGGUCGCGCGCCUCCAGGCGUCGUGGCGCGGCGUGGGCGCGUGGGAGAUGCGCGUGUUUGACGCGCUCCGCCGCUUCACGUCGCCCCGCGACCAGUUUACGCAGCUGCGCCAAGCCAUGCUCGGCGCGCUGGCGUCGCACGCGGAUGGCCAUAUCCACGUACCGUUCUUUGGCACGUUCGUCUCGGACCUCGCCGCAAACGACGCGCUGUCGCUGUACAUUGACUCCUCCCUCACGCCGAGCAUGCUGCCGUUCUACGACGACCAGGAACUCUCGCAGUCGUGGGACACGCUCGUCAACCUGUACCGCCUGCGCAUCAAGGCGAUGAUCGUGCGCGACUUUGGCACGCUGCAGGAGCAGUCGCAGCGCAUGCAGGACGCGCCGAUGGAGUUGCCUGUGCUCGCCGAGGCCCUGCAGCUCGACACGCUGCCCGCCGCCCAGAUUCAAACCGCCUCACUCGCUUUGGAGCCCAAUGCAUAG